AUGAUUUUGGGAAAAUAUUAUUUUUUGAUGUUAGUUAUCUUUAGCUGGAUUUCAACUUUAGGUAAUUUUGUUUUAGUAUACUUUGAUAAUUCAAACAUUAUAUAAUUGUGUUAAUAAAAUAUAUAACAUAAUAAAACAUCAAUGUGAAAUUGUUUAUGUACGUAGAUUGUGCAGGAAAAGUCGUUUGCUAUUUUAGCAAUUGGGCAAUUUAUCGGCCUGGUAUAGGGAAAUUUACCAGUUGUGAUAUACUAGUCAAAGAUUGUACUCAUAUGAUUUAUGCAUUCGUUGGUUUAAAUACCACUAUUUGGUCUGUACAAGUUCUCGAUUAUGAUGUAAUUUGUAUAAUUACUUUUUUUUCUUUUUGAUAUUUACAAUUUCAAUAUUAUGUUAAUUAUUAUUAUUUAGGUUGAUAUAAAACAGAAUGGAUUUAAGAAUUUUACAGAUCUUAAAAAAACAAACCCACAAGUUACUUUUAUGGUGGGUCUUGGUGGUUGGGGAGAAGGAGGAAAAAAGUAUUCUGAGUUAGUUUCCUCUAUGUCAAGACGGCAAGUAUUUAUCAAACACGCAGUAGGUAAGUUCAUAUAAAAAAACGUAUAUAUUAUUUAUCAUACAUAUUUAAUAAUACUUUGAUUUUUAUACUAUAUAUGUAUAUAGAAUUCAUUAAGGAGUACCAUUUUGAGGGCCUUGAUGUUGAUUGGGAAUAUCCAGGUGCCAAAGAUCGUGACGGUAACCCAUCAGAUUACACUAACUUCGGUUCUUUUAUCAAAGAACUACGGUUUGCAUUUAAUGUCGAGAAUCCAAGUUGGCAGCUCACUAUAGCAGCACCCUUAUCAGAUUUCCGAUUAAAAGACGGUUAUAACGUUCCAGCACUAUGUCGGUAAGUUUCUGACCCAACCUAACUGAUUGGUCUAUAUGUAGCUAAUAAGAUUCAGUUAUUCUUAACGAAGUUAUUCCUAUGAUAAUGGGGACGGGUGCAGCCACUGUUAUGGGUGAAAAGUUGGGAAGAUAGGAUAUAAAGGAAAAUUUAAUGUAUAUAUCUGUGCGCAACGAUUAAUCUUUGCUAACGAAAAACGAUUCUAAACAGAGUUUGGUUAUACAUGUUUUGAAAGAUCGUACAAUUUACGAUUCUCGUCAAAAUUGGAUAUUAAAACGAGAACAAAAACAAAUUCUACAUAACGCGCAAACAUACGUUUCUGUUUUGUAUAACAAUUUUGUCUAUAGAAUAUACCUACCAAAAAAAAAUUACGUCAAAACUCACAAAAUUAAAAUGUCUGUAAUAGCUCAAACAUUUUUUAAAUAUUUUAAAAAUUUGACCACGUCUAGAAAAAGCAAAUAUAAGCUUUCUGUCUAAACUUUGAGUUCUUACGACUAUUUUAAACUUAAUUUUUAACUAAAUAUUUUUAACUGAAUUGCAAUAAAUGAUGAAUAAAACUACAAGGAAAACCAAAAAAUUACUUUUCUACCUACUUAACUAGAUUUAAAAUGCAACAAAUUGUCUUUUGUUGUUUUUCUAUGGGAGCAAUAUUUCUAGUAGAAAACAUAGUUUGCAAAAAUUAAAAAUAAUAAAAUUGGUAACGCCGCAGUGUGCCAAAAAUAUUUACAAAACUAAGUAUGCAAAACAACUGCUCUAUUUAAUUCAAAAUGACUGAAUAAACUAAAUCGUGAACAUACCUAUAUAUGAUACUAAUUAAUAUAGAAUUAGGAAAAACCACACAAAUGCCUAGAAAUCCUAGCUCUACUUAUGUCGUUUUGUGUCUAUUUAGACUCACAUUGAUUAUGUAUAUUUUACUUGAAAAUUAUAUUAAACAUAUUAGUUUCUAAUUUAAUUCAAGUUCAGCUGACGCUAUUCACGUGAUGGCUUACGAUCUACGAAUAAACCAAGACGGAUUUGCGGGUUGUCAUAGUCCAUUAUUCCAAAGUCAUUUUAAUCCAAAGACAAAUAAGUCAUAUAAUGUUGUGCGUAAUUAUAACACUGGAAAUAAUUAUGUUUACAUUUAAUAUCAGCCAAUGUAUUAAUAUAAUUAUGAAUAUUUUUGUCACAUACAGGCCGAUGGGAUGCAACUGUGGGUGGAUCUCGGUUGCCCACAAGAGAAAUUAGUAAUGGGAAUGGCGUUCUACGGAAGAUCCUUUACUCUGUGCGAUAAUAAAACUCACGAUGUCGACUCUCCUGUUAAUGUCCAAGCAGGGGGUGGCAUAGCUGGACCGUACACCCAGAAUGUGGGAUUUUUGUCUUAUUAUGAAAUAUGUAUGGAUUUGAAUUGUAAACAAAAUUCUUGGACAGAAAUGUGGGACCCCGUGGGACUGUGUCCGUAUAUGUAUAAAGGUAUUAUUAAAAGUGAUAUGUUUGGAGUAUGAUUUUUAACAUUAUCGAUCUAAUAUGCCGUAUACAGGUGAUCAGUGGGUCGGUUAUGAAAAUAAAACAAGUUUAACGUACAAAUUGGAUUAUCUCAAAUGUAAAGGUUACGCCGGAGCAAUGGUUUGGGCUGUAGAUAUGGACGAUUUUCAUGGAGUUUGCGGUCCUAAAUAUCCUCUUAUUGAAUUGAUACACGAUUCUAUGGAAAGUUAUAGUAUUACGAUAAAACCAUAAGUCUUUUUUUUGUUAUACGCUACUGCCCAAAAUACAGUGAUUCGUUAUAUUUAAAGUAGCGUUUUGGCCUUUUUUUCGAGUUAAUAUUACGAUAUUUCAGUAGGUAUAGAUUUUAUUUUAUUUUAGCCCUAAGGGUGCAAUAGAGCUGAAGAUCUGUAACAUUUAUCUCUAUCCUAUAUUUGCACACAACAUAUCUGUUGUAUAAUUAAAUAUUUUUAUGAUUUACAUAGCUUACAAACAUAUUAAAAUAAAUAUGAAAUUUGAGCAUACACUUAUUUAUGUUAAUUCUAGAUAAUAUACGAAGAGGUCUAAAGGUUUGCGUAAAAGUGAUUUUCUAAAACAAUACAAAUUUAUCAAAUUAAAUAAAAAACAUUUAAAUUUUCUUUCAAAUAAAUAUUUACAAUUAAUUUCAUGUUAUUAUUUUGUAAUAAUGUCAGUUAUUCGUGUCAGUUCCAUGCAACCAUGGUAUAAACUAAAUUAUUUACGGACAAAUCAUUUUGCGCGAGAAAGAACGAAGAAAGCUACAAUUAAGAAACCGAUAUACCUAUAUAUAUGUAUAUAUGUAUUUUUUUAUAUAGAGUGAUUAUUUUAUCGUUCAGUAUAAAUUAUAUUCAUCAUAAAAAGAAAGGGUAUUUGUCUAUGCCUAAGGACUUUUAUUUUUUUGUUGCACAAGGCAAAUACAAAUGAAUCAAAAAUUCAAAAGACGGACAUACUUCGCGCGUGGAUGGACCACUGUUGUAGGUGAGAAGUUGGAACUGUAGGAGGAACAUUGAAUGUAUAUCUUUACGCAACGAUUAACCAUUGUUAACGAAAAACGAUUCUGAGCGGAGUUCAGUUAAAAGUGUUGCUUUGUCAACAAUAUAUAUAUGCCAUAUUAUGUAAAAAUAAUUGCAUAUGCAUUAUAUAUUUUCUUUAAUAAUAUUUGUUUAAUAUUGUACCUAUUUUUCCUUUUUUUUUUUUUAAAUAAUUCCUGUUAAACUUCCAGGAUUACCUAUUUUUUUCACAUUUAAUGUUUGACCAAUAUUUCCUAUUGAGGAGCAUUUUUACCUCCCUAAAAACGAAUUGUUUUGGUCCAAAUUAGUAUUUCGAAUUUUCUAGGAACUUCUGCUGUUCGGGUAUAAUUAAUGGGUGCCCAAAGUUUCUCGUUAGGAAAUAUUUUGACCUUCGUCAAAACGAAGACUUAAUAACUGUAUUAACGAUAAAUAAAAAUAACAAUAUACUGUAAUAAUAUUAAUGAACGGAGUAUUAUGAACUACAAUGAUUACUUAUUUAUUAAUUAAUUUACUUUUUUAAAAAUAUUUAUGAUUAUAACAAUUUGUAUACUAAAUAUACAUAAUUAAUAAGGUUCAUGCAAUAUAUUGUGUAUAUAUUGUAUAUUUUGCCUUGGGCGUAUGAAAAACAGACGGUCUACGAAAAGAGGGCUAAAGCAAAAAAAAAAUAAUAGUCUACACACAAUUCGUUAUUGAAUUUUAAUCCAACCAUAUAGAAUGAGCGUUUUUGGACGAUGCGCUGCGUCAUGCGAUGAUAAGGAAUCUGUUAUUAUUGUGACUGUCGAUUUGUGUCUUAUUAUAUUAUUAGUUAUAUGUUGUAAUAAAUUAUGUAUGCACAAUUGUAUUUCUUUGUAAUUAGUGUUUGCAAAUAAAUAAUUACUGACGCGGUAUAUUACAUGUAAAGUUAAAGUAUAAUAUAAUUUCGAUAAAAAUUGUUUUAAAAAUUUCUUCCACUCACCGUUUCAUUUAUUUUUCAAUAUUACAAUAAUUAUGAAAAUAAUUAUACCUACCAAGCAGAUUUAUAUAUUAUUACACUAUCAUAGAGUAAUACUACUGUAUCAUAGCUACCUUCGACCUGUGAUAACAUACGCCUGUGAAAUCUGGUCGUUGACUAAAGGUGAUAGCAGAAGACUUAUCACGUUCGAAAGGAAAAUGUUACGAACCAUUUAUGGACCAAUCUUCAACCCAGAAACACAGACAUACGAAAGAAGAAGCAACGAAAAUAUAAUGUCUCUUUAUAAUAAGCCAGACAUACUCUAUUUUAUUAGAAAAGAACGACUAGAAUGGUUCGGACAUGCAUGGAGGGCAGAUGGACAGUUAGUUAAAAAUGUACUUAUCAAUAAAAUAAAUAAAACGAGACCCCUAGGACGACCCAAAACCCGAUGGAUUGACGUAGUUGCCAAAGAUAUAGAAAUGAUAGACCAGGACGCAACUUUAGAAACAGCGUAUAAGAGAGAGAGGUGGAGAGAGAUUUUGAUGGCAGCGAUGGUCCUGAAUGAACCGCUAAGCUGA